UGAAUAGCUGAUGAGCUUCGUCCCGGGUUCCUACCUCCCGCCAUGGUGUCGCGGGCAGUAAGGGCGAUAUUCUUCGCGCUUUCACUCUCUGGCCUAUUCGGAUGCUGGUUCGUCCUCAUCGCCUGGGGGCGCGCGAUCAAGGCAGAAUGGGCAGCGCUCACAUACUUGCUCGGGUUGACGCUAUGCCAAGGGGUGUUCUGCCUCGGCAUGAUCUGGGAGAUGGAUCCGUAUUACAUGCCUUGGGUCCUCUGCGUCGCUCAACCCAUCGUCAUUGCCUUCUCGACCUUCGUCAUGACCGGGCUCGUCACUACGUUUAGCUGUUCGACAUUCAUCUUCAUCACGAAAGGAGGGAGGACCACACCCCUUCAGUGGCACCCAUUGUUCCUCCUCCCUCUUGUCGCAUUUCCCGUGGCCGCGACGAUCGUCCAAGCAACCGUGGUCAUGAAGCUCGGCGCGGUGACCCUCGAAGAUGGCUUGCAGUGCGACGCAAAUGACCCCCUUUGGACGCGAUUUCUGAGCUACGCCGGCGCACCAUACAUCCUCACAAUCCCGUGCAUCGCUUUCUCCGCCGCCUCAGUUGUCCGCAUACGCGCCACAGAUCGCAAGGCGCGAGUCUCUCGCACGCUCGUCGCCUCGGAUGCAGGGCUCACAUCCCCGGUGCAUAGCAUCCCACUACCCUCGCCCGUAUCUCCAGUCUCUGUCCGGCCUUCGACGUCUUCAAGAUAUAGCAGACCACCUAAUAACCGCUCCUGCUCAUUCGCGUCCCUCAACUGCGCCAACCCGCCUGCUAUACCACCCUCUCCAGAUCGCCCGCCUCCGCUUCCCCCGAUCAGUGCUUAUGCGGAGGCUAUACAGUCGCCGACGUCCGCGACGCGGCUCGUUGGCGCGACGUACAGCGCAGGGCGAAGACGAAGCGUAAGCUUCUCUGGGCCCGCCUCCGCGGCCCACGCGACAUCAUCUUGGGCAAAAGACGAUGUAUCGAUCGUAUCGGAAGAGGUACCCCUGGACAAACAGUCGCCCUACGAUGAAGAACUAUGGGUCGGCGCAGACCACCACGAGGAGGUUCUCCCGGUCGCGCAGCCAUGCUAUCUACCAGGCAACGGGUCGGUCAGGCGUGCUUUCUCGACGGAGAGCGAGGAGUUCGACGACGACAACCAGUCGGUGGAGAGCGCAAGCGUCUUCCCUGUGCGCUCAGCGGGCACGGAUGCGUCGACGGUGCGCACUUCGUGCGACAGAACGACGGAGACAGAUGGAGCCACGUCGACUCAACCCGAAUCAUCCGUUCGCGCGGCAUCUCUCAAGCUCAGCCGAAGGCCAAGGCGGCUAUCCCUUCCUGUAUCCUUGCAGUCUCGUCGCUCCGCAUCUGCGAGUCAGUUUCGAGGGGCGAUUUGGCGGAUUGUAUUCUUCCAGUUCACCUUUAUCGCCGUCCAGAUCCUCAGCUCCGUGACCACGGUCAUCGACAUCGCGACUGGGCGGCCCACGCCGACGCCAGUAGGUACUCAUCACGCAGCUCUCCUGCUCGCGGCCUGGGGGCCCAUAUUCGUAUUCGGGUCAUCACCCGCGGUUCGGAGGAGACAGUUUUGAGCGAUACACCAUGUACCAAGAUACCCAGUUUUCACACGCUAUUGUGUGCUGUACUUGUAUUCCAACUACGUCUGGAUGCUGCAUAGCAGCGUUGUACUAUAGGAAGCUGUCGCGCCUACGAGAAUGAGUCACCCA